UUAUUUAUCAUAUUUUUAAUAUUUAUAUCUAUACUAUUAUUUAAAAAAUAAAUUUGCUUAGUAUAGUAUAGAUAGUACUUUUACACAAGCAUGAUCAGAAGUUUUUGUAAAAUUAAUCAGAUAUUUCGUGGCAUCUUCCUCCAUAGUAUUAUAAAUAGAGGCAACAACAGAGCAACGAAACACACACAAAUCUCUCUCUUGCGACACAAGCACCUAGUCUUGAGCCACAAGAAAACCUAAAAACAUGAUUGAUACCGCAGCAAUAUGGGGACUAACCGGCACGACGGUGACAAGCUUCAUGUUCCUAUGGGCGAUCUACUCACAAUACGUCCCACGCCACCUCAGAAGCUACAUAGAGAAAUACGUAUACAAGCUCCUCGGAUGGGUCUCUCUCUACGUCCACAUCAAGUUCACCGAGUACACAGAAGAAGGUCUCAAAAGAAGCGAGAACUACGACGCCAUACGCAACUACCUCUCCACAAACUCCGCAGCUCGUGCCUUGAGGUUAAAGGCAGACGAAUCCAAGAACAGCAAGGCCCUGGUGCUUAGCAUGGACGACCACGAGGAAGUUGAAGAUGUGUUUGAUGGUGUGAAGGUGAAGUGGCACUCGAACGUUAAAGAGAUUCAGACAAACUCUAGCUCUGGACGAGGCAACUCGGGGGAGAGAAGGUACUUUACUCUGACUUUCCAUAAAAGACAUAGAGAGAUGAUCAUUGAGACAUAUCUUGAGCAUGUUUUGAGAGAAGGGAAAGAUAUUGGGUUGAGGAACAGAGAGAGGAAGCUUUACACUAACAACUCAAGCUCAGAGUGGUAUCCUUGGAGGUCAGGGAAGUGGAGCAAUGUUCCUUUUCAUCAUCCGGCGACGUUCGAGACUUUAGCUAUGGAUCCUGAGAAGAAAGAGAGGAUCAAGAAGGAUCUGGUGAAGUUUAGUAAAGGGAAAGAUUAUUACAAGAAAGUUGGGAAGCCUUGGAAGAGAGGCUAUCUCUUGUUUGGUCCUCCCGGGACAGGGAAGUCAACGAUGAUAUCUGCAAUAGCUAACUUCUUGAAGUAUGAUGUUUAUGAUCUUGAGUUAACUACUGUGAAGGAUAACUCAGAGUUAAAGAAGCUCUUGCUUGAUACUAAAGGCAAGUCUAUUGUUGUGAUUGAAGAUAUUGAUUGCUCACUUGAUCUCACUGGGCAGAGAAAGAGUAAGAAGGAGGAAGAUGAUGAAGAUGAUGAUGAUGAAGAGAAGAAGAAGAAGGAUGAUGAGAAGAAGGCCAAGAUGGAAGCUGAGAAACAGAGUAAAGUUACUCUCUCAGGGCUAUUAAACUCUAUUGAUGGGUUAUGGUCAGCUUGUAGUGACGAGAAGAUUAUUAUAUUCACAACUAACUUUGUGGACAAGCUUGAUCCUGCGUUGAUAAGGAGAGGGAGGAUGGAUAACCAUAUUGAGAUGUCUUAUUGUAGGUUUGAAGCGUUUAAGGUUUUGGCUAAGAACUAUUUGGAGAUUGAGUCACAUGAGUUGUAUGGAGAGAUCAAGAGGUUGCUUGAGGAAACUGAUGUGUCACCUGCUGAUGUUGCGGAGACUUUGAUGCCGAAGUCUGAUGAGGAAGAUGCAGAUGUUUGUAUCAAGCGUUUGGUGAAGACUGUGGAGGAGGAGAAGGAGAAGGCAAAGAAGUUGGCUGAGGAAGAAGAGAAGAGUAAAGCAGAGAGGGAAGAGAGAAGGAGGAAGAAGAAAGAGGAGAAGAAGAAGAAAGAGGAAGAAGACAAGAAGAAGAAGACAGAGGAAGAAGACAAGAAAGUUCAGGGAUCAGAAGUAAAUGGGGACCUUCAUGACAGUAAUGGUACCAAUUAAGAAGAUAUGAGGAAAAUAAAUGUUGAAUAAUGUAUUUUGGUUGUUUGUAAUGUACAAAGGAGGUGGUCAUUUCAGUUCAAAACCUAACCACUUAAGACAUAAAAAGAUCAUGGAUGACAUAAUAAAGGAAACCAAACCCCUUGCUGCAUAGUGUGAGUUGUGAAAACAGAUCAUACUUUGAUGACACUUGAUUUUACCACCAAAAAGAAGAAAAAGGACAAGAAUCAAUGCAUAGAGCUCAACUUGAGGGAAUUUGCAGUUAAUACCUUGAUGGUUGAUAUUAAAAUAUCUAUGAAAAAUAUUUUUCUAUAUAAGAAAUUGUAUGAUUGCUCAGUACCAAAGCUUUUUGUCAAUAGCAAUA